CCGGGCUCGCGGUUUCCUCCGAAACUCGACGAGUUUCGCACAUUCAACACCUUUGCUAACCACAUUAUUAGCCUCAAUCAUUCGCGUCUUGAACUUCAGCACUGAUUCAACAGCCCGUUUCAAUGGAUGAAAAGGUUGUGCGGGUAAACGACCCGAACCACGAAGAGGGUGUCGAUCUCUCAAAUCUCCAAUCAAGCUCCUCCCCAAAAUCAACUGGCCUAGGUUCGCGAUUUCAAAGAUGGAACGCCCGAAUCGAAUCGCUCUCCAGUUUCGAGGCGCGCGGUAUUGCUAGGGUUCCAUCGGACAAACGGGAAGCCACAUCUCACGUGGCCCUUGUUCAGAUGGUGUUGCUUUGGUUUAGUGCAAACAUUACGAUCAAUAAUCUCGCUGUCGGUCUUCUUGGUCCCCUUCUCUUUAAACUUGGUUUUCUAGAUUCGAGCCUGUGCGCGGUCUUUGGCGCAGCUUUGGGAGGGGUUAGUACUGCAUAUAUGGCCACUUGGGGUGCGGCAAGCGGGUGUCGGACGAUGGUGGUUGGUCGAUAUUUCAUGGGCUACUAUCCUUCUAAAAUUUGUGCUUUGCUCAACAUCAUCCUGAUGGUGGGAUAUUGCACGAUAGAUUGCAUCAUUGGCGGUCAAGUGCUCUCUGCUGUAAGUGGUGGAACCAUGUCCAUUGCAGUAGGCAUUGUAGUUGUCGCAAUCGUGGUGCUUGUCAUUGCUGUGAUUGGCUUGAAGAUCUUCCACGUCUAUGAACGAUACGCUUGGCUUCCGCAGCUUCUCGUACUGUUCAUACUCAUCGGCUCCGCGGGUCCAUACUUCUCAACGUCCCUCACAUCGGUCGGCAGCCCACGGCAGAUCGCCGCAAAUCGUCUUUCAUUCUUCUCGCUUUGCUUCUACGUCCCAAACUCUUGGGCAGCAGCCGCUUCGGACUUUUACGUAUACUAUCCCGAAAGGACUUCGAAAUGGCGAACAUUUGUGUUCACCUACACCGGCCUGACUCUUUCCUUCAGCCUGGUCAACAUGCUCGGUGUCGGCCUCGCCUCAGGUGUAGCCACGCAUUCAGCUUGGGCAGAUGCAUACGCGACUUCAUCAGGUGCUCUGAUCACAGCUGGCUAUGCACCUCUUGGUAGCUUUGGCAAGUUUUGUGCCGUUAUCGUAGCUCUUGGUGUAAUCGCGAACAGCGUUCCCGGCACUUACUCAGCGGCGCUAGGAUGCCAGAUGAUGGGUCGCUACGGAAAGGUCAUACCCCGCUGGAUAUGGGCGAUCGUCCUCGUUCUCAUACAGCUCGUCUGCGCUCUCGUUGGGCGGAAUCAACUCUUCAUUAUCUUCCAGAACUUUCUCGCGCUUAUGGGAUACUGGCUCAUGAUCAUGGUGUGCAUCGUCGCCGAAGAGCAUGUUCUUUUCAGAUGGCGUCGGGGUAUUGGAUUCGACUGGACUGCUUGGGAAGAUAGGACGAGGCUUCCUAUUGGUAUUGCAGCACUUUCCAGUUUCUUACUUGGCUGGAUGGGUGCGGUACUAGGAAUGUAUCAGGUCUGGUAUGUGGGUCCUAUUGCGAUAUUGGCGGGCGAUACGGGAGCGGAUGUCGGGAUGUGGGUAGGUUGCGGGUUUGCGCUGAUAACGUUUCCGCCAAUAAGGUCGUGGGAGCUGAAGGUCGUGGGAAGAUGAUGAGAAGCAUAGUGAGUGCAAUGAUCAUCAGAGCCCUAGCCAGAGCUAAGUCAUCAUUGACUAAGCUUGAUCAAACUAGUUAACAUGUUCAACCACUCAGUAGGUCACAUCUGUCAGUGGGCCACCCCGAAAACUACUAAAAAUGAGAGAAAUUGUACCUUAAUAUCUC